GCUCUGAUGGCCCUGUGCCAGGACAGAUGUGGUAAGGUGAGCCUGACUGAUUAUAUGCUGUGUAACUGGAGCAGAACGCACAUCUUGUGAGGUGGUCAUCGCCAGUAUGCGUUCAAUUCAAUAGAAGGAAUGUGUUGUGGUACACUCAGAACUUAUUCAAUAGUUCUUUCAUUUUCACCAACAGCUCAAGUCUUGGUCAGGGUCACUGAUAGAGGUCUGAGUGUGCCAUGACACUUUCUCUUUGUUGCAUGCUGUGUCUCGUUAGCCCAGACAGCCAUGUGAGUGCAAUUUAACAGAGUACAGGCAGACAUACAGUACAGUAGCUGCUUUGGUAUUUUACAUGAGAAGAACGACUCAAUGUCACUGAAGAUAACCCUGUUUUCCCAGAGAAGAGAGGAGAAACAGCCCCACAAUAUUUAGUGAAUCCUUUAAUUCUCCAAUGAGAAUUAAAGUCUCAUCUUGAACAGCCAGUGUUUUCAGAUGUAAACAAAAUCCAGUCAGACCAGAAAAGCCUGUUUAUAUAUCAGCUUGCACUUCUGGUAAGAACUGUUUAACCAGCAAGUGCUGGGAAGGACUGUUUACUUGAUGAGAAAACAGACUGUGUGUUCCGUAAGAAUAAGUGCCAAGUGACCUGUCAGCUACCAUCUCAAAUUUCCUGUCUAGGAGGUCUGUGCUGUUUGUGCACUACACACAUAAUUACUGACAGUGGAACGGAUUUAUCCACAUGAUGGGCCUUCAUCCAUGAGCUGUGGGCACUACACUGAACUGUGAACACAAUGAGUCCUACUGUAUGAUGCUACAUUGCACCAGAUGCAGACAGUAGACACCGUGGCAACAUGAGUGAAGCUAGAGGCACUGCUGGAGGAAGUAAUGGUCAUGGAAAUACCAGUCUAUCUGAGGGUGAGAGGCCAGGUUCCCCUGCACCCAGCUGUGUGUCCCUGAAGAGUGACCAUUCAAAAGGACAGAUCAUCACCUUCAGAGAGGGAGACAUUUGCGCUGAUUUCAGGAUGUCCGACGACAGGAGAUCAGACUCUCCUGCACCAAGCUGUGUGUCCAUGAAUAGUGACCACUCAAAGGGGCAGAUCAUCACCUUCAGAGAGGGAGACCAACCUGAUCCCAGUCCAACUCAGGAAGAGAGGCCAGAUUCUCCUACUGCCAGCUGUUUUUCAGUGAAGAGUGACCAUUCAAAAGGACAGAUCAUCACCUUCAGUGAGGGAGACACUCACCCUGACCUUUGUGUUCAACAGAGUGAGGAAAUGACUGAUCCUCCCCACUGCACCAGAAGCCAGAGUGAUCAGAGAAGCUUGUCAACAAUAUUCAAAGAGCUUGAAGUCAAAGCCAUACAUUUCAUUACAAAUGAACUAAAGAGACUCAAGAAUCUCCUGAGUUAUGAUUACCCAGAAUCCCCUGAGGAGGAUGAGAAGAACCAGAAGGAUGCAAGAGACGGAGCUCUGAAUAUUGCAGUACACAUCCUGAGGAACAUGAGUCAGGAGAUCUUGGCGGAGCAACUGCAACAAUAUGUACAGUUACCUAGAUGUCAACAACAACUGAGAUCCAGACUGAAGAAGAAGUUUCAAACUGUAUGUGAAGGGGUACCAAAGCAGGGAAACCCUGCAUUUCUGGAUAAGAUCUACACAGAGCUUUACAUCACAGAGGGGGGAACUGGGGAGGUCAAUGCUGAACAUGAGGUCAUGCAGAUCGAGAGACACAUUACAAAGUGGGAAACACCCAUCAAAUGCACUGAAAUCUUCAAGCCCUCACCAGGACAAGACAAACAUAUCCGAACGGUGCUGACAAAGGGAGUUGCAGGCAUUGGGAAAACAGUCUCUGUCCAGAAGUUCAUUAUGGACUGGGCAGAUGGAAAAGCCAAUGAGAAAAUCCAGCUCAUAUUUCCCCUUCCUUUCCGGGAGCUGAAUCUGAUUAAAGACAAGACAUACACUUUUGAGGACAUCAUCCAUCACUUUUUCAGUGAAACAAAAGGUGUCAACUUCUCCAACUACAACAACUACAGCAUUGCUUUCAUCUUUGAUGGUCUAGACGAAAGCAGACUUUCUCUGGAUUUCCAGCAUAACGAGUCCAUCUGCAGUGUAACAGAACAUGCCACAGUUGAUGUCCUUCUCACAAACCUCAUCAAGGGCAAUCUGCUUCCCUCUGCGCUUGUGUGGAUCACCUCCCGACCAGCAGCAGCCAAUCAAAUCCCUCCUGAGUGUGUUGACCAGGUGACCGAGGUACGAGGUUUCAACGACCCACAGAAGGAGGAGUACUUCAGGAAGAGAAUCACAGAAGAGGAGCUGGCCAGCAGAAUCAUCACACACCUGAAGUCAUCCAGGAGCCUCUACAUCAUGUGCCACAUUCCAGUAUUCUGUUGGAUGGCAGCCACUGUUCUGAAGAGCAUCCUGACUGAAGCAGACAUUGCAGACAUUCCAACAUCGUUGACACAAAUGUACACACAAUUCCUGAUUGUACAAACCAAACACAGGAGUCAGAAGUAUGGAACCACUGAUGUGGAAGCACUCUGGAACCUGAAGACCAUUCUGUCGUUGGGGAAACUGGCCUUUCAGCAGCUGGAGAAGGGUAAUUUGAUCUUCUAUAAGGAAGACUUGAGAGAGUGUGGUAUUGAUGUCACCGAUGCAUCUGUGUACUCAGGACUUUGUACCCAGAUCUUCAGAGAGGAGGCUGGGCUGUACCAGGGGACGGUCUUCUGCUUUGUUCAUCUGAGCAUUCAGGAGUUUCUGGCAGCUUUGUAUGUGUUCCUCAACUUUGGUAAGAGAGAGGGAGACACACCUGAUGAACAUGCAGCAUCUCAGCUUUACGGUUUGUUCAGGGCUAAGAGAGUUCACGACUUACAAAAGACUGCAGUGGAUCUGGCCUUGGAGUGUGAGAAUGGACACCUGGACCUUUUCCUCCGUUUCCUCCUGGGCCUGUCCCUGGAGUCCAAUCAGAAGCUCUUACAGGACCUGCUGCCACAGACAAGAAGCAGCUCACUGAGCAUAAAGGACACUGUCAAAUACAUUAAGAAGAGGAUCAGAAAGGUCCCCAACCCAGAGAGAUGCCUCAACCUCUUCCACUGCCUGAAUGAACUGAAUGACCACUCUCUGGUGGAGGAGGUCCAGAGUUACAUGAGGAAGGGAAAAUCCAGACGGGAUCUCUCUCUUUCCCAGCUGUCAGCUCUGGCCUUUGUGCUGAUGAUGUCAGACCAGGAACUGGAUACAUUUAAUCUGAAGGAUUAUGGAGUAACAGAUUCACCAGCCAGAUCUGAUGCAGGUUUGCUGAGGAUGUUGCCAGUGGUCAAAUCAUCAAGAAGUGCUCAGCUGAGAUACAGUCAUCUCACAGUGAAGAGCUGUGCAGCUUUGUCUUCAGUUCUCAGCUCCAACGCGUCCAGUCUGAGGCAGCUGGACCUGAGUGAAAACAAUCUAGGAGAUUCAGGAGUGGAGCUGCUUUCUACUGGUCUGGAGCAUCCAAACUGCAGACUGGAGACACUGGACCUGAGUUGGUGUCACCUCACAGAGAAGAGCUGUCCAGCUUUAUCUUCAGCUCUUGGCUCAAGGUCUUCCAGUCUGACAGAGCUGGACCUGUCUUAUAAUCCCCUCGGAGAUUCAGGAGUGGAGGUCUUAUCUGCUGCCCUUAAAUGUCCAAGCUGUAAGCUGAGGGAGCUGGGACUGAAAGGCACUAACAUCACAGUGAAGAGCUGCUCCACUUUAUCGUCAGCUCUCAGCUCAGACUCGUCCAGUCUGAGACACCUGAACCUGAGUGACAAUAAGCUGGGAGAUUCAGGAGCGGAGCUGCUUUCUGUUGGUCUGGAGCAUCCAAACUGUAGACUAGAGAAACUACAUCUGCAGAAAUGUGACCUCAGCGUGAGGAGCUGCACAUCUCUAGCUGCAGCUCUCAGAUCAAACCCCUCCAGUCUGAGAGAGCUGGACCUGACGCUCAACAGACUGCAGCAGUCUGGAGUGGAGCUGCUCUCUGCUCUACAGAGAGACCCUACCAACAGACUGAACAAUCUCAUUACUCAAUAGAAAGAAUGACUCACUGUAGCAUAUUUUCCUCCAUAUGAAUGUUGCAUCCAUGUUUUUAUGUAUCUAUGAUAAUUCAGUACUUAUAUCGGGCACAGUAUCAGUAUCGAGAAUCCCAUGCACUAUCACAAUUGAAAAAGAUUGACCAUGUUUACCCACAUUAGUCUGGAGACACCCAGCAUGUUUCUGCACUUCAGACCAAUACUCUCCAAGCUACUGUGGGUUUGGUGAGGGGAGAUGGGUGUCUCAAUCUUAAUAUUUUGUUAAAGUUUCACAAGCCCAUCUCAUUGACUAAACCACCUGGUAGUGUCAAACUUUGCAUGAUGGUACAUUUACAGGUAAAAAUAUAGAGCUAGAAUUUUCCAUUGAUGUCAUUGGGGGGCGCUGUGGCACUGCCACAGACAUUAGGAUUCAAACAUGAAGCUGCAUCUGUUCAUUUACAGUUUUUCACAAUGGCUAAACUAAAACCUGUCACCCUUUUCUCAGAACUAUAAACACAAAUCCCAAAUCUCAAACUACAUUUCCGAAACCUUUGCCAGCCUCUGCAAAACUGAACAAUCACCUCAAAACAGUUGAAUCUGUACUCUAAACCAAACACUCUUUUCAGAACAUUCACAGAGCAAUCCAAAUGAAAACAGCACUGAGCAGGCAAUACUAACAAUGGAUGACACGGCAUUCAAGGCACCUCAUAUAGAUCCAGGAUUUAGACGAAAUGUUCAUUGUUUACAGUACAGUCAAUGCAUUUUGCAUCUAAAGAACAAAACAAAAGAAGAAUAUUUCAUAACUCCGGGGGGUUGUGAACAGAGUGGAUGGUUAAAAAAAAAAGAGUUUUAGCGUUUUGUGAAAAACUGUAUACCGGAAAAGACAGGCAUUUCAGUACUUUAAAUGAGAAGUACAUUGCAGCCUACAAUGUUCAGCCUACACGAUUCAGGCAACUAAGAAUUUGUUUCAUAGAAUGGAGUUUAGUGUUUCAGCAAUUGUGAAAAACUGUAGAACGCACCACACACUCUUUGUCUUAUACACGUCUGGCACUAGAGGGCGCUCUUCAGUCAGUGCAGACAUCAGAGGCCCUUACCCAUCACCCCUACUGAAGUCAGCAGCAUGUUAGUGAUUUACAUCAGUGUGAACUUUUAAAUGAAUUGAUUCAGUAUAUUACUCACUAGUAAAAAUCACAAUUCACAAUUCACAAUUCACAAUACACGAUCACAAUUCUUAAUUCAAUGUUCUUUUUUUAAAAUAUUACUCAACUCAAAGUGGGCUUGUUGCAUGGACUUGACGUUGCAUGGGACCAACUUGAGUUGACGUUUAAAAGACAAAGUAAACAAAUAAAACCGUGUAAUUACUGUAUAUCUCAAAUGAGUUGUUGUACACAUUAUCAUUUGCAAUGAUGAACAAUGAUUAACUGAAUAAAUAUGUCCUUAGCAAUGUA